ACCAGCCAGCUGGAACACAGCACGCUGCUCAGAUCAUCCUCACAACACUCCACUCCACCACUGCAUCGCAAGCGUGGCGUCAUUCAACGCGGAACACGACGAUGGCCUCCAAACAGGCGAGCACGCCGACGACUUCUUCUUCUUCGACAUCCUCUUCCUCCUCCUCCUCAAAGGGGAAGACUGGCAGUGGGACCAGCUCCAGCAAUGCCAAGUCGAGUGGAUCGAAGCAGCAAAGUGGCACAAGCAGACAGCCGCAGCACUCUGCAGCUGGUGCUCGGCGUGGUCAACAAGCUGUCAAGCACACCCCGGCAUUCUGGGAACUGGACGGCUACAGGCUGGCUGCCAAGAGAUUUGACAGCUUGGCAUUCCUUCUGGAGCAGCUGCAACGCAUGAUGCGGGAUCGUGCCGCGCUGGCCAAGAAGCAUGCGACCGAACUGAACAAGUUCUCUGCCAAGUGGCGUGCAAAGAUGCAGCAGGCCAACAUGUUUUCAAACGGGCAGUUCUUCAACGCCGUCGUGGCCAGCUGCGAGGAGCCGGAAGUGCUUGCGCAUGCGCAGCUGCUGCUGGCGGACAAGAUCAUCAAUGGUCCAAUGCAGCAGGCGCAUGCAGAGCAGAUGCGCCACUACCAGCGCUCCUUUGGUCGCCUCAAGGCAACAACGGCCGCUCUCCAGGAAUUCAGGGGGUGCGAGAGCACGUACUCGAAGGCGGUGAAGCUGUCUGCAAAGCACAAGAAGGCGUACCACAGCAAGCAAGAGGCUGUGCUGAAGCUUGAGGAGCAGAAGGCGCAGGCGGGCAUCAUUGACUCAGACACCAUAAACGAUGAGCGAAGGAAACUGGAGGUCAAGUUGGAAACUGCAAAGAAGGAAGCCAUCAAGACGGCACAAAAGUACAAAGAGGCGCUACAGGCUGCGGCCAAGCAGUUCAACACAUAUGCGCAGUCGAUGCGGACCGUGUACAACGCACAGGACGCCACCGUGCACACGCGCCUGCAGGACUUGCUUGCCAUCUUCCACAAUUAUGUCAAAACGGUCGACUUUGAGCAGACGACUUACAAGCAGGACCAGCGCGACUUGUUGCGCAAGUUCACGUCGGUGGACUUGAAGGCGGACCUCUCGUCCUACCGCUCGGAUAUGGGCGUUGACCAGGCGCCGCCCCAAAUCACAUUCCAGGAGGCCCCAACCAUGAAGAGCGCGGGCGUCAUCAACUCCGAAGUCAUGAGCCGACUGCAGGACUUUCAAAAACAGGAGAAGAAGCCGGCUGCGUGGUUCGUCAAGUCGGGCGACACCGGCAUCUCCUUCUCACACAAGCGGUACUUUGUGCUCGAUGGCCACGACCUCGUGUAUUUCUCGUCGGCCAAUUUGGGCGUCCCCGGCAACAAGAAGGGCUUGAUCAACCUUGACACAGCGCGGCAGAUGUACGUUGUCGACAACUCCACGCUCGUCAUUGAAACCCCGGGCCGCCUGUGGAAGCUGCACUCAAAGCGACCACAACUUCUCGUGCGCUGGCGGGACAUGCUGUGCGAACGCGUUGGUCUUCCCAAGGGACAGACCCAGCCCUCCACGUCUCCAGGGAUGCGUGCUGGCGUAGCGGCAGCAGCUGUUGGCGCGACCGGUGCUGCUGCUGCGACCAACGCGAAGAACAGCAGCAGCGGCGGCGGCGGCAGCCAAAGCAACGCGGCACAGGCCACACCUGCAGCAACAACGGCGGCGAGCACGCUUGCAUCGUCAUCAACUGCGGCCCCAUCAGCCAUGUCGAGCACGCAGCCGUCAUCAUCGCUCGCUGCAACCCAGCCAUCGCCAGCAACGGCAUCGUCAACAUUACCAUCAUCGGCCGCCACCACCGCCGCUGUUGUUGCCGGCACCUCUGCUGCCACCGCAUACACGGCAGGCACCGACUCUGUUCCCUCAACAAGAAGCGAGAGCCCGACGCCGGAAACAACGACGCAGGACCGGGAAAUCCAGGCAGCGACAAAGAUCCAAGCGCAGUACCGCGGGUACCGGACGCGAAAGCACCUCAAGAAGAGGGACGAGGCAGCACGCGUCAUCCAGCGCAACUGGCGGCGCACACGCACGUCCACACGCGCAUGAGCACAACCCAAACACCACCCACUCAGUUCCUCUUACACGUGUACCCCCUUGCUUCGUUUGCUUCGCUUCUUCUUCUUGUUCGUCCUUUGCCCGUUCAUGUCUGCCCUCUCUGAUCGCUCUCCUUCGACCUCCGCCAAGUCCCUUCACAUCGCACCACAUGCUGGGUUGAGUAUGGUUCAAUUCAAUGGAGAAAUCCGGCGUUGCGCGUGUGCCACAUCACAUGAAACAACAAAACAACGCACUGC